AUGGAGCCACAAGUCGGGCACUCGGGCUUUACUCCAGAGCACAAUGAAGAGGAGCCGACAGGAGGAACAUUCCCUCGGUCGAGAAUGAUGCUCAACCUCAGAGACACUCAGGCGCGCCUCCGAUACCCCUUACGAGAGCUAAACGAGGCCCAGCUCAGCAGAAGCCAUGAUAACGCACCCCCGGCGAUGAGGCGUCUCCCUGACGUGCCGAGCCGUCAUCAACAACGGCCAGUCCUUAGGGAUAUGGAGAGGGCUGUCACUGACACACCACGAAGGGCCUUGAAGUUCUCCCGCGAGAGCAUCGACGGGCGUGAGGUUUCUAACGAUGUUUCUAGAUGGUCAGACUCGACUGAAAGUUCGGGCUGGACACAGGUCACGGCGAAGAAGGACGAUGACGAGUUUUGUCCUUCAACUACGACACAGGACUUCACUCAGUCAACCAAACUCAAGAAGCAGCGGCCAAACCAGAAGUCUGUACCCGUCGACACCCCCCGCCCCUCGAUUCGGCAGGGUGAUGCCUCAGCUGGAGCUUCGUCCUCGGCGUCCGUCGACGAAGAAGCAGCCGCUGUCAUCCGUAAGACCCCGAGUCCGGACGAGCCAAGCAGCACCCCUAUGCCGCGAACACCAUCCUCCGCCAUCAGCAGCCUCUUCCGCAAACGUGUCCGGUCUGAACAUAGUAAUCCUGCAACUCCUCGAACACCAGCGACCCCACGCACGCACUGGCGUCCAUUUGAGGACCCGGACCCCCAGCUUCCUUGCUCCUCACCGUGGCUAUCAGGGCAACGCGAGGACAAGCGAGAGAAGGAGGAGAGGGCGACGUAUUUCCGGGAAAAGGCAGAGCGGGAUCUUGGGGUAAACCCAUCAAUGAAGAAGUCAAGCCGCAAGAGUUCUUUUGGGAGCAUGAGGAGCAGGGAGGGCAUCAAACGGAAGAGCCCUGGCUUUGACCGCCGACAGAGCAUGGAGAGUCUUGUUGGCUGGAAGAGCUUCAUCGACGACGCCCCCGAGCCGCUCUUCUCGUCCCCCCUACCCCCAGUACCGCCUCUCCCAACGCCAUCCGAGCUCAACCUCACCCUCAACCGCCUGGAUCAAGCACAGGCACCGCUCCGGGCCGCCUCCGCGGUCGAAGCCUCUGCCGCUGCUGCUGCCUCUGCGUAUCGCUCCAAGAAGCCGCAGGGCCUCAAGGUGGAGACACGAAAGCUCCGCAAGGCAAGCCGGGAUGAGCUGCGAGGAACACGGACACCGAGCAGCACGAUGACGGCGACGGCGGCCAGCGGGAGCAGUGGAGGAGGUCUCAGGACGGCCUUGCGCCUUGAUGGGAGAAAGUCGAGCUCUGGACGAGCGGCAGUGGACGAAGGGGAGAGGCUGGUGGAUAGGAGAGAAGAUGAGGUUGUAUCAAGACGCAGGUGA